AUGGCAGCUCCUACGGUGCAGCUGAUCGACGGUGACGGCGAUUUUCAGGAGGACUCAGUCAAGGCAUGGGUGAACGACACCGGCGUCGCAGAUAGCCGCGCCAACUACCAGGUGGUGGCCAUCAUGGGCCCGCAGAGCAGCGGCAAGUCGACGCUCAUGAAUCAUGUGGUGCGCUGGUCGCACAUGGUGGCGAUGGCAUGCGGCGACGAGGCGGUUGGGCGGUCCCCCAAAGUGGCGGACAUCACAACGUUAGUCAUGGACCUGGAGGGGUCGGACGGCCGUGAGAGGGGGGAGGACGACACAAAUUUUGAGCGCCAGGCCGCGCUGUUCGCCCUGGCUGUGGCGGACGUGCUGCUCGUCAACAUCUGGUGCCACGACAUCGGUCGCGAGCACGGCAGCGGCAAGCCCCUCAUGAAGACCAUCUUCCAGGUCAACCUGAAGCUGUUUGCGCCAGAGCCAAACCGCCGGAAAACGGUGCUGCUGUUCGUCAUCCGCGACAAGAGCAAGACCCCGCUCACCAAGUUGUCGGAGACGCUGGGCGAGGACGUGGCCAAGAUGUGGGACUCCAUCAGCAAGCCGCCGCAGUACGUUGGCAGCUGCAUAGAGGACUUUUUUGAGAUCCAGUAUGCUGCCCUGCCCCACUUCGAGGAGAAGUACGAUGACUUUGUGGCGGAUAGCAUCGUGCUGCGGCGCAGGUUCUCGCCUCCUGAUGAGGGCGACGAGUCGAGCGACAGCCUGGUGCGCCGCCACGCGGACCAGCUGCCGGCCGGGGCGCUGCCGCUGAGCACGGCCAACAUUUGGUCCGUCAUCCGCAGCCAGAAGGACCUCAACCUUCCCGCGCACAAGAUCAUGGUGGCCAACGUUCGCUGCGAGGACACCAAGAACGACCAGCUGGCGGCCUUUGCCGCCGACCAAGCGUGGCAGGCGCUGGCGCAGGAGGCGGAGAGGGGCCUCGUGAGGGACUUUGGGGCGCUGGCGGCCGGCCUGAAGGACUCUUGUGUCGACGGGUGCGCGCUGACGUGUGCAGAGGUCUGA